AUGACGGUGCACCUGCUGUGGAUUAUAAACCAGUCGGGGCAGCUCAUUGCAAAGUCUAGCUUCACGGCCCCGGAGAACAUCGGGGAGCUCGGCGCUAAACCGGACCUGCAGCUCACCAUGUCCAGCAUCCUUUUCUCCACAUACGGCAUGUCGCAGGAGUUGACGCCGAACGCCAAUCCCGUUGACAGUGCAGGGAUGUCGCUUGUGGAGUUUGAUGAGCACAACAUUCACAUUUACGAGACCCCCACGUUGGUGAAGUUUGUGCUUGUCUCGGAUAGCCGUACCCGUGAGUGCACGGCCUUGUUUCGCGAGCUGCAUUCCCUGUACGUAGAGCAUCUGAUGAAGAACCCGUUUCACAUUGUGGACGAGGGAGGCAUCGGACAGCCCAUCCGAAUUCCUGCCUUUACUGGGGCCGUGAAGAGGGCCGUGGAUCGGUACCACGCUUCGGGGGUGUCGACUACCACACGGAAGUAA